UCCAGGAGGUGAACAUAGACCGCAUUUUCAGCCUUGCUCAGUCGCAUCGUCGUCGGUUUCUCGGCCUUUUCAGCGUCAGCAUCGUCCGUCCGCUUCUUCUUGCCCUUCUUGACCGAGCUUGCGCCAUCGCCCGACUCGCCUGCUGUUGUUCCCUUGUCUUGCUUCGCUUUCGUCUUGGACGUCGAUGCCACUGGCCCGUCCUUGUCCUUCGCACGGGGCUUGCUCGCCUUGCUGGCUGGAUCUUUGGCCAUCUUUCGACGACACCGGUGACGGCCAGUCGACAAUUUUUGGCAGUCGGCCGCGAGGAAGUUGUCGCAGUCGCUGGACAAGCCAAAGCGAGCAAGAUGUGCCGGCCGAGGAGGGAGACCAGUCAAGUCGAGUAGGAAGCAGUAGGCCCCGAUCGACGGCCAUGCUUCGAUCACGGCACUCGAAGCAUGCUGCUCGUGCAUGGACAAGCAACAGAGCCCUGGCCUCUCAUGCCCCCUCCCAUCAUCCAGACUCAGAGCCACUUGAGGUUCACUCAGUGCCUCGCAAUGAAGUCUCUGUCCAGCUACUCUCGCGGAGUCUCCACCGGCAGGUCUUCAAGGGAGCCAAGUUCCCCUUGCCAGAUCUGAGGGCGCUCGACAUCUCCAAGCAGCAUCUCGCCGCUCACGGACUGGCCAAGACGGUGAGCAAGCCGAUACCGGAGACCGACUUCAUCCUGCCCAAGCUACAAGGCAGCAACAUCGAUGAACAUUUCUGGCGGCUCGGACUCGCUUCUGCCCAGCCUUACCUCAGCCUGUCCGAACACUUUGCCCUCAAUGUCACCCUGCCCGAGCAGCCUGUCGAGUGGGCCAUGGAGCCAGGCUGGACACGCUAUAACAGGGAUGGCUCAUGGGAAUCCGUCCUGGCUCCAUCCGAUGACGCAAUCGUCUUUGAUGUAGAGACGCUCUACAAGAUCAGCCCGUAUGCUGUCAUCGCUGCUGCUGCAUCCGAGAGGCACUGGUACAGCUGGGCUUCUCCCUGGCUGCUCGGACAGACCGAAGAUAUGGAGCAGCUCGUCCCCAUGCCCAGCGAUCGCGAGCGUGUCAUUGUCGGCCACGCAGUGAGCUACGAUCGUGCUCGCCUUCGGGAGGAAUACAGUCUCGAGAGAACAAAGACGCGAUUCGUGGACACCAUGUCACUCCACGUCGCCGUCUAUGGUCUCUCGUCACCGCAGAGAAUGGCCUGGAUGGCCUAUCGCAAAGCCAAGAUUGCCAAAGCCGCCGCCGCAUCAGACGAGCCGGCUUCAUUCGAUGCAGGUAUGGACAGAGCAUGGCAAGAUGUCAGCUCCCUCAGCUCAUUGGCCGACGUUGCCAAGCUCCAUUUGGGCCUCGAAGUCGACAAACGGCCACGAGACUGUUUCGAGCAUUACUCGCGCGAACAAGUCGUCGAUCACUUCCAGGAGCUCAUGACCUACUGUGCGACCGAUGUGGCGACAACCCACCGUGUCUAUGCUAUUGUCCUGCCUGCCUUCCGUCAAACAUGCCCCAACCCGGUCAGCUUUGCAGGCAUGCUCAAUAUGGGCAAUCCUUUCCUGCCCGUCGAUCAGAGCUGGCCCGAAUUCAUCGAAAGAGCAGACAGCAAGUUCAGGGAGCUCUCGGAGGCCGUACAGGAGCGCUUGCGCAUGCUCGCUCAAGAAGCCCGGCGACUCAUCUUCAAGGAAGAUGAGAGUGGUCGGCCAGUCUACGAACAGGAUCCUUGGCUCAAGCAACUCGAUUGGUCUCCGAAACGCGCUCGCAGGCUGCCAGGCAAUAAGCGAGCCCGUAGAUCAAAAGCCGCCGCCGAUCUGAAGCCAGAUAAUGGUCUCACUGUCUUGCCGAAAUGGUUUGCCGCUUGCUUGGGCAGCGACGGCGACGCUAUCACGAUAGAGCACAACAGCACACAGGCUGCCCUCUUGCUCAAUCUGUCUUGGCGGGGCUAUCCCGUGAGACAUUCCAAGGCUCAUGGCUGGCUGUUCCACGUGUCCGACGAUAAAGCUUCGCAAUUUGAGCUCGACACGACUUGUGAGAGGCGGGUCGAGCCCGACUCAGAUAGCAGCUCAGGUCUCUACUUCUUCAAGUCCACUGGGAAGAUUCGGACGAUCAUCGCUCCUUCCACCAAGAAACUCUUCGAAUCUGGCAAGCUCGCUUCGCCAAACGCCGAAUUGUUAGCAUACAUCGUUGCACCAAAGAGUGACAACGCAGACGUCGCAGCAUUGCUGCAGUCCAGAUUGACAGAGCUUGCCCUAGCCGCACUGCAGGAGAUGCCUCGGAGCAAAGCGAAGGCCGAUUCCUGGCUCAGGCAACUCGAUUGGGACGAGGUUGAAGUAGAGCUACCCACCGGGUCUCGCUUCGACAGAGCCGGCGAACGAGCCUGUGCAGACACAAACGAAGCAGACAUCGCAGAAGCAGCACUCGACGAACCAGAUGCCGCGGAUCUGAUCUGGCCAAAAUGGUUCUGGGACCUGGACAAGAUCGGCAAAGGACUCGAUCUGUCCGUCAGAACGCGAGUGUCGCCUCUGUUGCUCAAGCUUCGAUGGGAAGGCUACCCGCUCGUGCAUUCGCGCGAACAUGGCUGGACUUAUCGGGUCUCUUUAAGCGAAGUGUCGGCUAGCUCGGCAUCAGAGCGCAAGCCGCUCAAGUUCACCAAUCUCGCCGAUGCCAACCUGUCUUUCGAUUCUGACGCGCAAUACUACAAGCUGCCGCAUAAAGAUGGCGAGGAUGCCAAUGUGGGCAGUCCGCUCAGCAAACCUUUCAUGCCUGCCUUUGAGCAGGGCAUCCUCAGCUCGGAGUAUCCAGUCGCCAAAGAGGCGCUCGACAUGAACGCACAAUGUAGCUACUGGGUCAGCGCACGAGAUCGUAUUGUUCAGCAAUUCGUCGUGUGGCGAGACUCGGAUACCUCUUCCCCGACAAGCGCCGACGUCAGGCUUGGUAUGAUACUCCCUCAAGUCGUCACAAUGGGUACAGUCACGCGUCGUGCUGUAGAGAAAACCUGGCUAGCAGCGUCGAAUGCGAAGAAGAACCGAUUGGGCUCAGAGCUUAAAGCGAUGGUCAAAGCACCUCCGGGCUACUCCAUCGUCGGCGCAGAUGUCGAUUCGGAAGAGCUCUGGAUUAGCAGCGUCAUGGGGGAUGCUCAAUUCGGUGUUCAUGGCGCUACGGCAAUAGGAUGGAUGACCCUCGAAGGCACAAAGUCGGAAGGCACGGACUUACACUCAAAGACCGCUUCCAUUCUGGGCAUCUCGCGAGACGAUGCCAAGGUAUUCAAUUAUUCGCGUAUUUAUGGAGCCGGCGUGCGACACGCUGUACAGCUCUUGACAAAAUCGAAUCCCACACAGACGAAAGAGGCCGCUACCGCACUCGCAAAGCAGCUGUACGUCUCCACAAAAGGCAUCAAUACGUACCGCAAAGACGCAUUCGACCGUCGCUUCUGGUUCGGCGGCACCGAGAGCUUUCUGUUCAACAAACUCGAGGAAAUCGCAAUGAGUGAUGAUCCGCGUACCCCUGCACUUGGCUGCGGCGUUACGAAAGCGCUGUCAAAGUCAAAUCUGCCCAAGACUGCAAAAUCAGAAGCAGGCGAGGACUUUAUGCCUUCGCGCGUCAAUUGGGCAGUCCAAUCGAGCGGUGUUGACUACUUGCACCUGCUCAUCGUCGCCAUGGAAUAUCUCACGCGUCGCUUCGACAUUGCUGCGCGCUAUAUGAUCUCGGUACACGACGAAAUCAGAUACCUUGUCAAGGACGAGGACAAGUAUCGAGCUAGCUUGGCUCUACAGAUUGCGAAUCUCUGGACAAGAUCCAUGUUCAGCUAUAAGCUCGAGAUGGACGAUCUGCCCCAAGUAAGCCAGACGUUGUUACUCCGUAAUCUUGACUAAGGCUUCUUCAACAGUCUUGCGCAUUCUUCUCGGCGGUCGACGUCGAUCACGUCUUCAG